UAACAUUUUUCUCAUUGACCUUUGCUUCUUCUUCUUCAUCUUCAUAAUCUUCUUCUCCAAUCAUAGUUUCUCUCUUUCUGGAUUCCACCAUUCUCAUUCGUGUGCUUCAUUUUUGUCGGCUUUGUUCUAAUCUCGAUUCUAUCCAUGGAAGAAUAAUCUGCGUCUCUCUGAAGAUCUCCUUCCCCCCCACACAAAGUAGACAGAUCGAUUCAGGCGUAAAUCCGAAAUUCCCCCCCCCCCCAACCAAAUCAUUGGAAUUUUGUUGUUCUUAGGGUUUUGGGUUUUGUUCUUCAAAAUCUGUUUAAUCGAUCAGAUCGGUUGGUUAAUCUCGAUUUAUAGAAGAUGAAGAUAGCGGCCAAUGGCCGGUUUUUCACAAUCGGGCUCGUCGCGUCGUGGUAUUCAUCCAACAUCGGAGUUCUGUUGCUCAACAAGUACUUGUUAAGCAACUAUGGGUUCAAGUAUCCCAUCUUCCUCACCAUGUGCCACAUGACGGCGUGUUCUCUUCUUAGCUACGUCGCUAUCGCUUGGAUGAAGAUGGUCCCGAUGCAAACGAUCCGAUCCCGAGUUCAGUUUUUUAAGAUCGCUGCGCUGAGUCUCGUUUUCUGUGUGUCGGUGGUGUUUGGGAACAUUUCUCUUAGGUUUCUUCCUGUUUCGUUUAACCAAGCGAUCGGUGCUACCACGCCCUUUUUCACUGCCGUGUUUGCUUAUCUGAUAACGUUUAAGAGAGAAGCUUGGUUGACUUACUUAACUCUCGUCCCUGUUGUUACCGGUGUUGUCAUUGCCAGUGGGGGUGAACCAAGUUUCCACCUGUUCGGAUUCAUUAUGUGCAUUGCAGCCACAGCUGCAAGAGCACUUAAAUCGGUGCUUCAAGGAAUUUUGCUAUCUUCAGAAGGGGAGAAGCUAAACUCCAUGAACCUUCUCCUUUACAUGGCUCCCAUAGCUGUUGUGUUCCUUCUUCCUGCUACCCUUAUCAUGGAAAAAAAUGUUGUUGGCAUUACAAUUGCACUGGCCAGAGAUGAUUUUAGAAUUGUUUGGUAUCUGCUAUUCAAUUCGGCGCUUGCAUAUUUUGUGAACUUGACCAAUUUCUUAGUCACGAAACACACCAGCGCUCUGACUCUCCAGGUGCUAGGAAACGCCAAAGGUGCAGUAGCAGUGGUGGUCUCUAUCCUGAUAUUCAGGAAUCCAGUCUCAGUGACUGGAAUGUUAGGUUACUCACUCACGGUCUGUGGAGUUAUCUUCUACAGUGAAGCCAAGAAACGAAGCAAAUGAAAGAAACAUUCAUUCUAUUUGUUCAGUCCCUCAGGUAAACAACACAGGCAAGUUUCUUUUGCUAUGAACAAAAACCUUACACAGCAUCUUUGGAUCAAAAGCAAAGGCUGUGUAAAGCAAUACCAAAGGAUCGGAGUACCAAAAGCAAUCAUGUAGAGGACUUCACAAAUAAGUGAUUUUUUUUCCCUUCUUUUUUCCUUUUUGUUCUCGGAUUCUCUCUACUGCUUUCGUCGUAGGUUGUUCUAAGAGUAACUUCGAUUUAGCUUUUUUGUUUUGUUUUGUCGAUUCUUUAUAGUUUUGUUAUAUCAACAUUUACAACACUGAUUAAUUAAUGGAAAAAGACCGAGUUUUUUUUCUUCUU